UUCCAGGCCACGCAUCCACUGACAAAUGAACAAUCUCGGGUAUCACUCUCAUGACCUGCUAUGUCACCACCGAACUUCCGGAUAUCCAUAGGCUAUUCUUGAAAGCCCCCAAAUAUAUAUAUAAGUACGAGAUCAAGACAUGGAGGCAUCCACAACUGCAAAUCAUAUCUCAGAACCUUCAAUAUACACAGCCCAUUCGCUAUCGAAUAAAUCCAACCAGAAAGAACCCCGCUCAAAAUGUCCACCACAAGCCUCCCCAAAACAAUGCGUGCUCUCCUUCAACCCAACACCCAAGAAACCCACCUCAUCCAAACCACACUCGACAUCCCAACCCCGGACCCCAACACCGACGAGCACCUGAUUCGCGUCCACUGCGUCUCCCCCUGCGCAAAUGAACUGAACUGGCUCAAAUACUUCCCCCCGCCGAAGCCUCGGACCCAAAUCCCCUGCUACGACAUCGCCGGCACCGUCGUCAAAUCGCCCGACAAUUCCCCGUUUUCUGUCGGAGAUGAGGUCUACGCUCGAACAAAUUAUCUGCGACCCGGUUGUGCCAGCGACUACACCAUCGCCGUCACCGAUGAACUGGCGCAUCGGCCGAAGAAACUAAGCUGGGUGGCGUCGACGGCCGUCCCGCUCUCCGCGCAAACGGCUUGGCAGGCUUUGUUCGUGCAGAGCGGAAUUGGAGAUUUUGGCAGUAAGGAGUGGAAGGGGAAGAGGGUUCUUGUGACUGCUGCUUCUGGGGGAGUGGGGAUCUGGGUUACUCAGAUCGCACGUCUGAUCGGUGCGACGGUGAUUGGGACGUGUGGAUCGAGGAAUGUGGACUUUGUGAAGGGGUUGGGGGCAAGUGAGGUUAUCGAUUAUCGCAAGACAGAUAUGCGGAAGUGGGCACAGGAGCCGAAGAACCAGGUUGAUGUGGUUGUUGAUUGUGUUGGGGGGAAUUCGUUGUCCGAUGCGUGGUGGUGUGUGAAGGAUGGAGGUGUUUUGGUGAGCAUCUUCCAGCCUCCGGAGCAGGUUCGACCGGAAGUGUUGGAGAAGAGUGUCAAGAGUUUGUUCUUUGUGAUGGACCCAAAAAGAGAGCAUCUUGAGGCUAUUACGGAGCUUGUUGAGAUGGGGAAGUGCCGCCCUGUUGUGGAUAGUAUUUGGCCCUUGGAGCUUUUCGAGGAGGCUUUUGCGAGGUUGGAUGGGGGACAUGCGAGGGGGAAGAUCAUUUUGGAUCUGUCUCUCAAUCAGGGAGUUUAGUUUUAUGCCCGGGUGUGAUGUGGUGGAGCCGAAUGGCGCAAUGUAUGCAGCAGGAAUUCUUAUGUUGGUGGGGUUCAAUUUGAUAUACAUAAUGAAAUUGGAUAUCUUACCGUAACCGUGCCAGAU